AUGCUCAGCGCGGGGGUGCCAAUCACCAAGGAGCUUGUUCUCCUUGGUGGUGGACACUCACAUGUGGAAGUGCUAAGAUCUUUUGGAAUGAAGCCGGUGCCUGGUACACGACUCACCCUAGUCACUCGAGAUGUACACACCCCUUACAGUGGCAUGCUCCCUGGCUAUGUGUCUGGCUUCUAUGAGUAUGACGAGUGCCACAUAGAUCUGCGGCAACUAGCGGCAUUCGCAGGCGCUCGGUUCCUCCAUGCUGAAGCAUCAGGGAUCGAUUUGGCGUCUAGAAGGUUGAUGCUUUCUGGCCGGCCUCAUCUCCAAUACGACGUGCUGUCUAUCAACACUGGCAUCACACCAGAUCAAGAAAGUGUGCCUGGAGCUCGGGAGUACACCACAGCAGUAAAACCGGUCAACAGCUUCAUUGAUCGAUUUCAUCAAGUCCUGGCAAAGGUUCAGAGGGCGGGCAGAGCCCUCACAAUAGCUGUUGUUGGUGGUGGGGCCGGAGGGGUGGAACUGGCACUUGCAGUCCGUCACAGACUGGAAGACAUGAGAAUACAUGCAGGGAAGCCCAAAGAAGCUAGUGCCAAAAUAAG